CGCGCGGUUUCCCUCCCGAGCACCACCUCCUCCCCGUCGUCACCACCACCACCAUCACUCUCGUCGUCGCUGAUGCGUAGCGUAGGCUUCUCACCGCUGCUGCUGCGCGCGCGGGCGCAUUGAUUUUCUCCCUCAUCCUCCUCGUCGUAGCUACGUCCGUCCCCAUGGCCCGCGGCUAAAACGAGCUCGAGCCCGAAAUAGCCCGGCACAACACACGCCACCCGCCACGCGCGCGGGCAGGCAAGGCAAGGUGCCGAGCGCGGGGGGCGCCAUUCCUGGCCUCCCUUGCUGCUGCCGCCGCGCGCCGCCGCUGUUCUUCUCCUGGUCCAUUCCUUUGGAUUCCCUCUUGCCCCCCCGGUGCGGCGGCCGGGAGAGGGUCGAGAUGAUGAAGCUGCGGUGGUGGCGGGUCGACGCGUCGGAGGUGGCGGCCGUGACGGCAAUGGGCGUGUGGGAGGCCGUCCUCGCCGGCGGCGGCCGGAGGUUCCUCAAGCGGAAGGACAGCGACGCCGGCGAGACUGGUCGUGCGUUGGAGGAGUUGCGGAGUUCAUUGUACAAUGAAAUCCAUAGCUCAGAAGGGGCCAAGCGCCAGCAGCAGCGGUUUUGUGGACCAAGUGUUGCACUGACAUUUAAUUUUGCUGUUGCUGUUGGGAUCAUCAUGGCAAACAAAAUGGUGAUGGGGAGUGUUGGGUUUAAGUUCCCAAUUGCGCUGUCAUUAAUUCAUUACGCGGUUGCAUUUGUUCUAAUGGCCAUCCUUAAGACUUUGUCCUUGUUGCCAGUUGCUCCUACUAAAUCCACUCCCUUCUCUUCUUUAUUUGCUUUGGGUGCUGUAAUGUCUCUCUCCACUGGGCUUGCUAAUGUGAGCUUAAAACAUAACAGUGUAGGUUUUUAUCAAAUGGCUAAGAUUGCUGUAACUCCAACAAUUGUUGCUGCCGAAUUUAUGCUUUUCCAGAAAAGGGUUUCCCCUCAAAAGGUUAUCACACUGGCAAGCGUGUCAUUUGGAGUGGCCGUAGCCACUGUUACUGAUCUAGAGUUCAAUUUUUUCGGUGCUCUCGUAGCAUUGGCCUGGAUUGUUCCUAGUGCAGUAAAUAAAAUUCUGUGGUCAAAUUUGCAACAGAGUGGAAAUUGGACGGCCCUUGCGUUGAUGUGGAAGACAACUCCAGUUACGAUAUUUUUCUUAUUGGCACUGAUGCCUUUGUUGGAUCCUCCGGGCUUGCUGUUGUUCAACUGGAACUUCAGGAACAGCUUUGCUAUUAUCAUCUCUGCUUUAUUUGGUUUCCUCCUCCAGUGGUCUGGCGCUUUGGCACUAGGUGCGACAUCAGCUCUGUCCCACGUUGUGCUCGGGCAGUUCAAGACUAUAGUCAUAAUGCUCUCCGGCUACCUGAUCUUCAGCUCGGACCCUGGAAUCACCAGCAUCUGCGGAGCUAUCAUCGCUCUCGGCGGCAUGUCUGUCUACACUUACCUGGGCCUGAAACUGAAGGAGUCGUCUACAGGCGGCAAGAAACCGUCUUCGACAGCAAAUUCUUUCCUGGGGAAGCCGAAAGCUGCUGGUGAUGGUGAGAAGCCAGGUUUAGAGCAUGAGGAUUCUGUAUAAGCUAAGGAUUAUCCAUCCUACUUGGGCGUUUGUAGUAUAAGUGUACUUAGGUGAUUUUCGUGAGUUGUAAUUUGUCACUGCUGAGAUCAUUGUACAUAGAAACACUUCUUGAUUUUACCUUUUUCUUACGGUUCUUGAAAAGUUCUCCACUGAACACAUGGGCGUAUUAAGGGGGUGAUCGUCGACAUAUUUA